UCAUUAGCAUUACUGACGCUGUCAGUGUAUAAAAGGCGAGCUCGGAGCCCGCUUUCCCCUUACACUGUGUGUGAAAGGGAGCGGCAGGAUGGCGGAUGAGAAGAAAGCACAGGCAGUCCCCAAAAAGGGCGCUAAGAAAAUGGUCAAGAAGCCGGCAGCGAAGGGCGUCAAGCAGAGGAGGCGGCGGAGGAAAGAAACUUACUCCAUCUACAUCUACAAAGUGAUGAAGCAGGUUCACCCCGACACCGGCAUCUCCUCCAAGGCCAUGAGCAUCAUGAACUCGUUCGUCAAAGAUAUUUUCGAGCGGAUCGCGGGGGAAGCUUCCCGCCUGGCCCAGUACAACAAGCGCAGAACCAUCAGCUCCCGGGAGAUCCAGACCGCCGUGCGGCUGCUGCUGCCCGGGGAGCUGGCCAAGCACGCCGUGUCGGAGGGCACAAAGGCGGUGACCAAGUACACCAGCUCCAAGUGAAGGGCAGCAUUGGAGUGAAAACCAAAACCCAACGGCUCUUUUCAGAGCCACCUCCACCUUCCGUGAAACAGCUGAACUAGUAUCGUUCUGAGUAUGUACGGUGAAUGUGACCACGGUAUUGGGGUUGGAUGAAGAUUGUGUCAAUGAAUGAGUGCCCGCCGACCCUCUGCGCGCCUUAUUCUCGGAUAUAUUCCUGUAUAUCCUGUAAUCCCUGCCCGGGAGGGAGAUCAUGGUAAAUGCCACAGUCAUUUCUCAGCUGCUUCCGCGUUACUCGAUCAGUUCAGGAGCAAAAGGUCCCUGUGGGGUAUGAACCCCGAGUUUCACUCCCUACAAACCAACCCACCCGCCGGCAGGCAAAGGAAAUGUUUCCCCCUGCGUCCCAUUUGCCUUGGUUUUUAUUUCCAAAUCUCCAUGCGAGUAUUGUCCGGAUGCAGAAUGCUAUAAAUGCUGCCGGGGAGACAUUCCAAAUGAUCUGCACUAACCCCAGAACAGCAGCAAGACUGGCCCCGUAAAUGUGGGCCUUUUACUGAUCUCUGAUCGAGUCCAAUAGGGAGGGCAACUUGAACAUCUUCCCGAAAGGCGGUGUUCGCUGUUAACGCGCCCACGCCGGAGAACGUUCCCUGAUGUUUGAUCAAUAUAACCGGGUGCUCCUGAAAUGGGAAGGAAAGGAUUAGUUGCACAUUGCAGUGUUUGGCGCCUUUUUUGUUUCCGCUGAGCUUCAAGUUCAGAAAAUCCCCUUCCAGAUCAGAAAUGGGCAGAUUGAAGUGGGCGGGGGAAUGGGGUAAAGGGACACUGUGUAAAGUGUACAUUUUUAAAGUAGAAUUAACUCGAGUAUUCGUGCAUUCUUCCGUGUUAAAGUAUCCCCUUUCCAUGACAUAUUGGCGGGCUUUUCAAAUUGGAAAGAAAGCGGUUGAUGAUGUGGGGCCGGGAGCUUCCGCCUUCCUCCCCGGGCCCCCUCCGGAUUGGCGAAUGGAGCAGUUCCCUGUUUGGGAAUUGAAACAACGUUUAGGGGGAUGUUGGAGAGGUUUGAAGGAGAAUGGGUGACCUUUAGGGGAAAGGAGAACUUUCUGAAGGGAGUUGGGGCAGGAGAUGCUGGGGAAAUGUCACUGAUUAACAUUUUAUUUUCAAAUCUCCAUGCGAGUAUUGCCCGGAUGUAAAAUGUUGUAAAUGUUCCUGUCUGCUGUCAGUGAGAAACUUUCAAAAUGUAAGGGACACAGUUUAGAAUAUGAGGCGAAGAAAGAAAUGUGGAACUUGCUGAUCUUGUUAUUAUUUCACAGCGAGCCGUUGGUGAUGGUUUAUGAGCUGAGGUGAAGACUUGAUAACCAUUUGUCUUUUUUUAAUUAGAUAAGGGAGUCUCUGGGUAUGGGCAGCAAGCAGGGACAUGUGAUUCAAACCAUAACUGGAGCAAUUUGUGAUCAUUUCUUAUGACAGAAUACACAGAGGCAGAUGAAAAUACCACAGAUGUCUGACUUUUGUGAUGGUUUUCUGCUCUGAGAUCUUCAACAUGACAGAAACCUGAACAAAAUAAUACCUGUCUGUUAAAAAAGACAUAUAGAACAGUACAGCACAGAACAGGCCCUUCAGCCCACGAUGUUGUGCUGACCACUGAUCCUGAUGUAUGCACCCUCAAAUUUCUGUGACCAUAUGCAUGUCCAGGAGUCUCUUAAAUGUCCCCAAUGACCCUGCCUCCACAACUGCUGCUGGCAAUGCAUUCCAUGCUCUCUCAACUCUGUGUAAAGAACCAGCCUCUGACAUCCCCCUAUACUUUCCUCCAACCAGCUUAAAACUAUGACCCCUUGUGUUGGUUAUUUCUGCCCUGGGAAAUAGUCUCUGGCUAUCGACUCUAUCUAUGCCUCCUAUUAUCUUGUAUACCUCAAUUAGGUCCCCUUUUCUCCAAUGAAAAAUGUCAGAGCUUAGUCAACCUCUCUCAAUAAGAUAAGCCCUCCAGUCCAGGCAGCAUCCUAGUAAACCUCCUCUGAACCCUCUCCAAAGCAUCCACAUCUUUCUUUUAAUAGGGCCACCAGAAGUGGACGCAGUAUUCCAAGUGUGGUCUAACCAAAGUUUUAUAGAGGUGCAACAAGAUCUCACGACUCUUAAACUCAAUCCCCCUGUUAAUGAAAGCCAAAACACCACAUGCUUUUUUAACAAUCCUGUCCACUUGGGUGGCCAUUUUAAGGGAUGUAUGUAUCUGCACCCCAAGAUCCCUCUCUUCCUCCACACUUCCAAGAAUCCUAUCCUUAAUCCUGUACUCAGCUUUCAAAUUCGACCUUCCAAAAUGCAUCACCUCGUAUUUAUCCAGGUUGAACUCCAUCUGCCACCUCUUAGCCCAUCUCUGCAUCCUGUCAAUGUCCCGCUGCAGCCUACAACAGCCCUCUAUAAUGUCAACGAUACCUCCAUCCUUUGUGUCAUCUCCAAACUUGCCAACCCAUCCUUCAAUCCCCUCAUCCAAGUCAUUAAUAAAAAUUACAAACAAUAGAGGCCCAAGGACAGGGCCCUGUGGAACACCACUCCCCACAGACUUCCAGGCAGAAUAUUUUCCUUCCACUACCACUCACUGUCUUCUGUUGGCCAGCCAAUUCUCUAUCCAGACAGCUAUGUUCCCCUGAAUCCCAUUCCUCCUGACCUUCUGAAUAAGCCUACCAUGGGGGAACCUGUUCAAAUGCCUUGCUGAAGUCCAUAUACACCACAUCCACAGCUCGACCCUAAUCAACGUUUCUAGUCACGUCCUCAAAGAACUCGAUAAGGUUUGUGAGGUAUGACCUGACCCCUUCAAAGCUGUGUUAACUGCAUUUAAUCAAGCCAUGCUCUUCCCGAUGGUCAUAAAUUCUAUCCCUCAGAAUCCUUUCUGGAGCCUUAAUGGACAUUCUAACAGAUGAGAGACUUAACAAACAAUCAAGGUAUUUUUCAAUGUAAAAUUUCAAUUACAUCACACUAAACUGUUGCUAUAAAUUCUGUGUCUUAGAAUUGUGUCCUCCACAACCACCUGAUGAAGAAGCAGUGCUCCAGAAGCUAGUGCUUCCAAUUAAACCUGUUGGACUCUAA